UCGCAUUUCUCUUGCCACUCGAAGAAGCUUUUAUGCUUCUUUGACAAGAAUAAUACAAUGAGAACCAAUGCGGCCUCACUCCCUAACUGACCUUAAUCAUGCUGUUGCUUCCACACAUGUUCUUAAGCUGAGUUCCCCAAGCUUUCAUCGAUGACAAGAAUCUUAAAAAAGUAAAUCACCAUAUAUAUAUAGAGCUUCCCUGCUCAUAUUCAGCUGCAUUCAAACCUCUCGGCCAUCUUGUGUCACGAAAUGGUGACUUCAGCUCCUGCUAAAAUACUCAUUGGCAUCUCAUUAGACCCAGAUGACAGCAAGGAACUCUUGUCAUGGGCAAUCAGAGUUAUAGCUCAUCCAAAUGACGACAUUGUUGCCCUACAUGUUCUUGUUGGUGAGGAGUCCAAGAAGCGUAAAUUGAUAACUAGAGAUCAAGCAAAGUUUCGCCAGGCAAAAGCUCAUGUUAUAUCUGUGCUUGGAGAAUUUGCUAGGACUUGCCAGUCUAAGCAGGUAAACUUGGAGGCCAGAGUAGGAUAUAGCUCUAGCGUUAGAAGGGGCCUAAUUGAGGAUGCAAAAUCCAUCUCAGCUGACUUUCUUCUUCUUCUUGGUUCCAGAAACCGUUCAAACAAAACUUCACACAAAGUUACAAGAUAUUGUUUCGAGCAUGCUCCGGAAGGCUGUGCAGUGGUUUCAAUAGGGAAAUCUAGGCAGCCACAGCGAAACUCAAGAACAAAUUCUACUUCUUCACAUUUUGAUGCAGAAACUCGUCAAUGGAGCUCAAGAUGGUCUAACAGGAGUGAUCGCAGUGGCGAGGCUGUCUGCCCUGUUCAAAAUUCUAUUGUCUCCAAAACGAAGGUGCAAAAGCCUUCACCAAGAACUGUUCUAAACGCACUUGAAGGAGAAUCAAAUAGCACAGAAGAUGAAACCUCUAGCUUUGGGGACUCAACUAUCUCUGGGUCCCCUCCUCGGGCGGCAAAGUUUAAAGGGCAAUCCUGCAUAAUGAAACAGAUGUCACCAUACAAACUUAUCUCAUCAGUCUUUAGUUCUCCAUUAAGGAAAAGGAAGGCCAGUUUAUCCAAGAAAGAAAAGGAGGAGCCUUUAAUCAAGUGCUUCAGCUACGAGGAGGUCUCAAACGCUACAAAUAACUUCCAUCCAGAUAAUAUAGUUGGUCGAGGCGGGUACUCAGAAGUGUACAGAGGUGAUCUUUCUGAUGGAAGAGCCGUCGCAGUGAAGAGGUUGGCCAAGGACAACAAGGAUGAAAACAAGGAGAAAGAAUUCCUCACGGAAUUGGGCAUAAUUGGACAUGUGUGCCACCAUACCGCAAAUUUAUUUGGCUGCUGCAUUGAAAAUGGACUCUAUUUGAUUUUCAGCUUCUCUGAGAAUGGAACUUUGUCAUCUGCAUUGCACGGUAAAACAAGUGCGUCACUCAAUUGGCCUGUGAGGUACAAGAUUGCCAUUGGAGUUGCUAGAGGUCUUCACUAUCUGCACAAAUGUUGCAAACACCGAAUAAUACACCGUGACAUAAAAGCCUCUAAUGUGCUUCUCGGACCAGAUUAUGAACCACAGAUCUCUGAUUUUGGUCUUGCAAAAUGGCUUCCUAACAAAUGGACUCACCAUGCUGUGAUCCCAAUAGAGGGAACAUUUGGGUACCUAGCACCAGAGUAUUUCAUGCAUGGCAUUGUGGAUGAGAAAACAGAUGUUUUUGCAUUUGGGAUUCUUGUCCUGGAGAUCAUUACUGGUCGCCGGCCUGUGGAUUCAUCAAAGCAAAACCUCCUCUUAUGGGCAAAGCCUCUUAUGGAAUCUGGGAACAUCACUGAACUAGCUGAUCCAAAACUGAAAGGUAAAUAUGAUGAGGAUCAAAUGCAUAGAUCAGUGUUAACAGCUUGCUAUUGCGUGAGGCAAUCAGCAGUAUGGCGUCCGUCAAUGAGUGAGGUCUUGGAGCUUCUACUGACUGGCCAUGACUCUGAUGUUGCAAAGAGCUGGCGAAUGCCAAAGUUUACAUCUGAUGAGUUGGAUGAUUACUCAAUGGUUUUUGGAUAUGAGGUUCCAACAGAUAUUUCCCUGGAGGAAUUUUUAUGAGUAAUUCUUCUUCCACACAUCUAUUGCAGCUUCAGGUGGUAUGAAAGAGGGGAAGCUGACAGAAGAGCACAUCAUAAUUAUAACUUUUCAUACUUUUAAAUGCAUGCUAGGAUUCAGAAUAUAUUGUUUAUUAAGGCAUCCAUAUUCUGCAAUUUUAUUUAGAUCUUCUCAUUAGAGUGUUGUGCUUAUGGUAGAGAAAGUUUCAUCAAGUACAUAUAAAUGGGAUUCUGCAAGAAUCUCCACGACUGAGAUCGGCCUUUCCCUGAAUAUAUACAAAGCCGUGCUAAUGUGAACUAUCCUGAUCAAUUCAAGUUUGCCAUUUACAUUUUAAUUAUGAUCAACUAUAUGUUUUCUAAUGAAUGAAAAUUUCCAAUGGUCAUAGCAAUUGUCUGGAAUUUUGUAUGAAUGGCUCUCUGUAUUAGGAAAUCAUUCAAUCUUCUGGAACAUAAUCCAUUCCAUAUCAUAUAGGUUGAGAGGUGAUGGACUGUAUACAAGAACAGAGUGGAUGAGGGUGGCUAUUUUGUUGUACAGGUACUAGAACUCGUGGAGAUUUGCAUUUGAAAAAUCAUUUUCUCAUCAUUGGAAAAGGUUUGUUUAUACAUCCACUAGAAACAUGAUAUACACAAGGAAUUAAGAAGGAUUUUUAGAGCCUUAUAACAUUGAUAUAGACCACCUUUUUCUUCACAAACACUAGCCAUUGAUAAGGUUGUUGUGCACUAUAUAAAGCAAGCACUAGUUAAUUUGAAACAUAAACAAUGAUUUCUGAAACUGACCCAUGAUUAACAAGAAAAAGAAAAAGCUAGUACUCUUUGUUAAAGAACAAAAUGCAGAGAAAGAAAAGAUUACUU